UUGAAAUUUCUCUCAGAUGAAUUAGAAAGAACUGGUCUGAUUGCGGUCAAGGAGAUUGUCAAUCGGGUUGGAGGAUGGCCAGUGUUGGAAGGUUCUAACUGGAAGGAGUGGGAUUAUACAUGGGAAGAACAGUUAGCUCGGGUUUUGAAUCGAAGCGGUCUUGAUCAGCCGAAAUGGGGAGUUGGUUCUCGAUGGCCAUAUUUGAUGGGUCCUGAUGAUCCGAUGUUGAAGAAUUACACACAUUUGAUGACCUUAACAGCUAAGGCUUUAGGAGCAGAACCGAAAUUGGCUGAGAAAGAAAUGUAUGAAGCUAUGGAACUGGAGCUGAAACUUCACAUAUUAUCCACUACUCCAAAGAGGAUUAUAGCUAACUACAUAACCUGGAGACUUGUUCAAGGUGGGUUAUCGACCAGAAGGAUAAAGACUAGAAAUUUUACUUGUUAAUC